AUGUAUAAUGAGAUGCAAACGCGAAGUUAUACAAAUAUAUCCGCAGUGUCGAUAAUAAAUCUUUUAGAUAAGUCAAGAAUCCCAAAAGUUCAAUUAAAUCCUCCGGUAUAUCAAAUAUCGAAUAAAUCUACUGGUAUGGAAAAUAAUUUGAAAAGCUAUAAUAAAUGUGCUUUUAACUGUGCUGACACAUAUUCUUUGAUGUUAGCCGAACGUUGUCUCGAUAUCUUGAAGUGCAACCCUUGGCAUUCUGGAUACGUUGGAUUUGAUACGGAAACCACGGUCCGCCGGAUGAAAAACCCUCAUGUGGUUUCUAUGAUUCAAAUUGCUACCCGCGAAAUUUGCUUUUUAUUUCAAGUAUAUUUAAUUACAAACGGCGAUUCCAGAAGGUUUCCUAGGAAACUACAGCAAUUCUUGAGCAAUCAGGAUAUUUUAAAGGUUGGGGUUAAUGCGAGCCAUGACGCAGAAUGGUUAAGAGAUUCUUAUAACAUCAAAUGCCAGGGAAUUGUGGAUAUCGAGAAUAUCGCCAAAGAGAAAGGAUACUCUGCGAGAUCUCUGUUGGAAUUAACGGCAAUGUUUGGAGAUGGAGAAUUGGUCUUAACGAAAACGAAGAAGAUUUUAAAAUGGAAUUUUGAUGCGCCUAAACUUGAUCCUGAAUUAGUUUCAUAUGCUUCGUCCGAUGCUUUUGCUGGAAUUCAGGUUUAUGAAAAUAUUCGCGUAGAUAAAAUGAAUUGCGUUUACUUGAAUUACGAAAAGGUUCACCCGAUGACUAGGGAAGAUGAGGAAAAGGAGAUUUACGAGUUACUUUUGCAAAACUACCCUAAAGGCAAGGCAACAUUGAUCCAGUUGUUGGAAAACAAGUAUGCUCGUUGGAUUAAGACGAAGCCGAAAUCAUUGGACCGGCAUCAAGAGGUGGUUAGAACUAUCGAGAAAUUCAUUGGGGAUGGACGUCUUAUCGUGGUCAAAGAAGAUAAACAAUCAGAUAAGACAAAUUCCGAUGUCAACAAUGAAAAAAGUCAAAGCGUAAAUGAGAUGCCGACUUCGGAACCCUCUAGUAUAGAAGUUGAGAGGUUCGUCAAACUUCCCGGUGUGCCCAUCGAAGUUAUUCUCGCAAGUUCAUUUGCAAAACGAUUCUUAAAUUCAAAAGGUCUCUCACCCGAAGAUUGCGUAUUUUUCGAAGAAAUAUCAACAUAUGUUCUAAAGGCAAUUAAAAAAGAAUCGCUUGCUCGAUUAUAUAUUAAUGAUGGAAAAAAUAAGUCAAUAGACACUAAAGAUGAUAAAGUUAUUAAAGAUAAGCUUUACGCCUUGAGUCGUGUGGGCGCAUUGAAACCAGGGGUGAAACAUGACACUCUCGUAUUUAAUCCUGAUUGGCUAAAAGAAUUGGAAAGGGGAUAUGAUGAAUUUAUCAUAAAGAAUCAAGACACUGAAGGCGUGACCGCGGGUGACACCGGUGGGACUGAUGAAACUGGUUAA